AUGAUUACUUCAGGAAGUAUGGAUCCAAGUGCCUUAUUGGAUCAAACAUUACAAGAUAUCUCCAAUCUUCAGGCAGAAUUCGAUUAUUAUCUUAAAGAAAUUGGUAAUUCAGAUAUAAAAAUAUUUGAAAAAAGAAAAAAAUGGAUCAAAAAGGAAAAUCAACUAUUUAAGUUUAUAAAACAAAAUGGUUCAUUAAUGAAAAAUCCCAAUGAAGAUGAAAUUAAUGAAUUUAUAUUUAAAGACUUGGAAAAUUGCAAUAAAAUACAACAAGAAAAAUGUUUAAUGGCAAACACCGCAUUAUUUACAAUUACAAAGAAGUUGAGAAAUUUACAAAGACAAAUGGAAAUCUUAGAGGCUGACGGUGUAUUAGCUGCCAUGGAAGAAGACAGUGAAAGUGCUACUGAAUUGUCUAGGGAAGGAUCUAUAAGUAGUAUAGCAGGUAAUGCUUCAACGAAUGAGAAGAAAAGAAAGGCAACCAAUUCAACUACAAUCACAUCAAGUACUAGAAGGAAAAAUCAACCUGCUCGUCCAGCCUCAAGACAAACCAAUCGUGAGAACCAAACAUCACAAAUUUCAGAAACUUCUACAACAAUUACUACUACAGUUAGCAACAAUGCGCCUACUAAUUCAACAGUAACGACACACAAAAAGAGAAAGACAAUAUCUAAUACUAAUGCCAAUAAUACAAAUGCCAAUGUUAAUGGUGCUAACAGUAAUAAUAUUAGUAAUCUUUCCACUCGUGAUUCUACCCUUGAUCUAGAUGACUAUAAAGAUAAUUUAUUUGAUAAUGGAACAAGUAACAGUAAUAAUAACAGCAAUGAAGAUGAAGAUAAAAAUCUUUAUUGCUUCUGUCAACGAUUCUCUUUUGGGGAAAUGGUUGCAUGUGACGGUCCAAAUUGUAAAUACGAAUGGUUUCAUUAUGGCUGUGUUAAUCUUAAAGAGCCUCCAAAAGGUACAUGGUAUUGUCCCGAUUGUAAAGCAGAAAUGGAAAAUACAAAAAAGAAGAAAUCAUGA